CUUGGCUGUUUUAUUACUCUUAUUAGUCUUAUUUUAUUUGUUUUUAAGUUAAGGUGAAAAGUGAAUCAUCGUAAUAAUUCAACAUCAUGCGAUUGUUAUAAUCGAUUAGUGAUAUUAAAUGUUAUAAUUACCAUUACGUGGGUCAUAAGGCGCUUGUUAUAGAUAUCAAAGUAUUCAAUUUUACAAUAGUUCAUAACAAAUUCCUGAUAUGGCUGAGCUGGAUUAUCAAACGGCAUUACUUUUACAAAACAAAUUCGAACAAGAAAAACGGGACUCGCAGUUAGCCAAAGAGCUACAAAAGCAGUUUGAGAAAGAAAAUGUUCCCAACAAUCGAGACCAAAUUCGCAGAUCAAGUUUAUCAGACUCUUUAAUUGCUCAAUCACUGCACGAACAAUUUCAAACUGAAAUGGAAGUAGAAAGACCUCAACAAAACUUAGUAUAUGAUUCACCAAAUGGCAGGAAUUCUAGACAAACAGGUAAAUCACUGACUGAUCCUUCCUGGGAGGUAAUUGAUCCUACUCCAGAUAUUCAUAUGUUGUUCAUUGCAUUCAACGAAAGAUUUUUUUGGAAUCAAUUGGGGUCUGUGACUGUGAGUUGGAGUAAGAGAAUGACCACUUGUGCUGGAAUUUGUUCAUAUCAAGGCAGAGGCGGUUUGUGUACUAUAACCCUUAGUGAACCUCUUUUAAAACUCCGACCUAGAAAAGACUUAGUAGAGACCCUUUUACAUGAGAUGAUCCAUGCCUAUUUAUUCGUAACUGACAAUAAUAGGGAUAGAGAUGGACAUGGACCUGAGUUUCACAGACACAUGUAUAGAAUUAACAGCGAGGCUGGAACCAAAAUUACGGUGUACCACAACUUCCAUGACGAAGUGAACUUAUACAAAACUCACUGGUGGAGAUGCAACGGCCCCUGUCAAACAAGGAAACCUUUUUUCGGAUUAGUACGUCGAGCUACCAACAGAGCUCCCGGUCCGAACGAUUUUUGGUAUGCCGAGCAUUCGCGAAAUUGCGGAGGCCAGUUUAUCAAGGUGAAAGAACCAGAAAAACCUACAAAGCAAACUAAAUCGAAGUCAGCGAAAAAUUCAACUAAGUCUCCCGAUAUAAGAAAAUUCUUUCCUAAUAACAACUUAUCUAAAUCCAAAAGUGAUAGUACCAGCAACAUUAAAACUGUCGAAAGUAAAGAUGAGACAAAAGCGAAAAUUAACAAAGUCAUCUCUAACUCAGCAAAUAUUUUUGGUUUUGGCAACCUGAAUGGAAAUGAUUGUAACUGUGAUAAAAAUGGAAGUAACACCAAAGAUAAUAAAGCAAAAAAGCCAGUGUCUACAACAGGUAAAACCUUAGGUACUAAAAAUCCUCCUGACAGUGUUUCCAAAAUUUCUAAAGGAGUUUUAAGAAGAACAAAAUCUGAGUCUGCUAAUAAUGCGUCUAAAGAUGGUGAAGCAAAGUCCACUCCUGUUAAGUCUUCGAAUAAUAGUAACUAUGAUGUGGUACGCAAUCACUGGAUAAACAAAUUUUCAAAUACAAGCAGUCCAAUUCCAAAACCGAACACAACCAUACCAUUGAAGAGACCAAAACCUUCCGAGUCUGCACCAAUUGGUGCCAGUAAGGUACCAAAACUAUCAGAACCAGCAGCAGAGUGUCCGGUCUGUUCCAGACAAGUACCCGAAUAUAAAAUAAACAGCCAUUUAGACGAAUGCCUCGGAACGUCUGAACUAGACUCGACAAAAUGCUCUAAUUGUGGAAUUGUUGUUCUCGAAGGAAAGUUAGAAGAGCACCUUCAAGAUUGUAGCGACGAUGUCGUGUUUCUUGGUGUUACGGACAAUUUUGUGGACGAAAAUACUUUGGAGAAUAGUCAAGAAGAUAAAAUUAAUAGUGAUAAUAGUGUAGAAACGAAAAUAUGUGAUAUUUGUAAGAAAGUGGUAGCCAGUGACAAUUUUGACAUGCACGUUGUUAACUGCCUUCAUAGUAUGUUUGAUCGAAUAGAAGGAGAAAUUAAUAAACCAUCCAAUAGCUCGACUUUAACCAACGUAGAGGCUUCUAGUAGUAAAACCAACGAUUAUACAGACUUGGAAGCUUCUAGUAGCUCUAGUGGAUCUAAAGCUACAGUUCAAUGUUUGGCUUGUAACAGAAAAAUCGUUAAAUCGGAGCUUGAUGAUCAUCUCGAAAAUUGCUUGGGCUUGAGUCAAAUUUUCGACGAUGAAAACGAACCUGUCGAAGAACAAAUUGAAGCAAAAGGUCUGUUUAAUUGUCCAUCUUGUAUGAAACUUUUUUCAGAAUCCGAAAUGAACGAUCAUAUUGAUAUCUGUUUGAACAUUAGUGACGUUUGACUUAUUUUAUUUGUUGUUUGGCACGUGAAGAAUAUUAUUUGUUUUUAUUGAAGUUGAUUUGUGAAAAUAAAAUACCAAAAUAUAUUUUUU